AUGUGGAGAUCAGUAGUUACAAGAAGAGCUCGUCUCAACAUUCAUCCUGGAGGACCCAAGGUGCAUUCUGUCCAAAACCCACUUCCUUCCCCUCCUCAGGUACCUCACAAUCAAACUCUCUUCUCUACACACUUGUUCUCCCCUAAGAAAAAAAUCCCAUUUCUCCAAAACCCUAGAUUUUUCUCUCAAGAUUCACGUGACCCUCUUAUUGAUGACCUUAUUGGACCCCAAAUUGGGUCACCCUUUUCCCAGUCAGAUGAAAACUUCGAUGGGUUGAUUCAUGAGGAAGACAGUAUAUUUGAGGAAAACCCGGUUUCUGUUAGAUCAGAAUUAGAUAGUGAAUUUUUCUCAUCAUUGGCUUUUGACGAAAAUACCCCAGGUAAUCCAAUGAUUGAGAGUUUUGAUGAUAAUUUAGUUGAUAAUAAGUUAGUUGAGAAAGAUGAGAUUCCUGAGGUUGAUUUUGAGAAGUUAGAGAGUGUGUUGUCUUUGCUUCAGAGUAGUAGUGGUAAAAGUGCAGCCGGAUCGUUGGAAUCGAGCCUUAAUGAGAUGGAUUUGACGGUAAACGAAGAGUUUGUUGUAAGGGUAGUUGAAACACCACUUGUUCCGGGUGAGAAUUUGAUUGCGUUCUUCAAAUGGGCCUCGAAGAAGCCAAAGUUUUUGGUUAGCACGAGGAGUGCGCGCGCUCUUGUUCGGGCAAUUUCUGGCGUUCUUAGGAAGAAAGAUGCCUAUGCUUUGUGGGAUUUGAUUAACGAGAUUGGGGAGAAGGAGAACGGUGUUUUGAAUGCGGAGAUUCUCAAUGAGUUGAUAUCUCUUUUUUCAAAGUUGGGUAAAGCCAAGGCGGGAUUUGAUGUGUUUAACAAGUUUGGGGAUUUUGGGUGUGUUGCGGAUGCUGAGACAUAUUACUUCACUAUUGAAGCUCUUUGUAGGCGCUCCUUCUUUGAUUGGGCUUGUUCCGUUUGUGACAAUAUGAAAAGUGCUGGUGAAUUGCCUGAAAGCAAGAAAGUUGGGAAAAUCAUAUCGUUUCUGUGCAAAGGUUCCAAGGCUGAAAAUGCUCAUUCGGUUUAUUUAUUGGCAAAGGAGAAGGAUAGAUACCCACCUCUAUCUUCUGUUAACUUUUUGAUCAUCUCCCUGUGUCAAGGGGAUGAAACUGUUCGCUUAGCUUUGGACAUGUUGGAGGACUUCUGUGGAGAAGAGAGAAAAUACUCAAUUAAGCCAUUUUCAUCUGUCAUAGGCGGAUUGUGUAGAAUCAAAGAUGUUGACGGAGCAAAAAAUUUGCUGUUUAAGAUGAUUGAUUCGGGUCCACCUCCUGGAAAUGCUGUCUUCAAUUCUAUAAUCAAUGGCUUUUCCAAAACUGGAGAUAUGGAAGAGGCUAGAAAAAUGAUGACAUUGAUGGAGACUAGGGGUCUAAAACCCGAUGUAUACACUUACAGUGUCAUUAUGAGUGGUUAUGCAAAGGGUGGAGAGAUGGAUGAGGCUUGUAAAGUUUUGGCUGAAGCCAAAACGCAGCAUUCCAAGUUGAGUCCUGUGACUUAUCACACACUUAUCCGUGGAUACUGCAAGCUUGAAGAAUAUGACAAGGCACUGGAGUUAUUAAGGGAGAUGAAGGAGUAUGGGGUUCAGCCUAAUGCUGAUGAGUAUAAUAAGAUGAUCCAAUCUCUUUGCCUGAAGGCUUUAGAUUGGGAAAAAGCGGAGAAACUGUUGGAGGAGAUGAAAGAAAGUGGGUUGCAUCUCAAUGCGAUCACGAAGAGUCUUGUAAGAGCUGUUAAAGAGAUGGAAGAGGAAGAAGUUGGGAGUGGAGAAGUAGUUGAAGCGGCGUAACUAAUGAUCAGCUUGCCUAGGUGCUUGUGAUAUGCAAUAUGAAUUCCCAUUCCCAUUCCUUUUUCUUGUUUCUUUUUGGGUGUGGUUGUCAUUCAUGAGAUAGAGAAAAGCAGAAUCCAUUAUAGGUUUGAAAUCUUUCAUUGUAGGCUUCUCACAUCUGUUGAAAUUGAGAAGAAAAAAGUUUUGUUGUUCGAAUCCAUUAGAAAAAGCUUUUCGCCGGUC